UCUGCUCUUAGAGCUCCGCCUAGUGGUCACAUUAGGUAGCAGUUAGAAUAAGCUGUGUUGUUUUCGUAGUUAAGGUUACGGCAUCCAUUUUGUCUGCAUGUUUAGUUUUCUCUUUCGACCACAUUUUGUAUCAGCAGUCUUUACCUCUCUCUCUGCGUGGCUACAGUCUAUUCUCUGUAUAUUUGGCUUAUGAGAGCUCAAGAAACCAUCGUUUUUUCACAAAAUAUGUUUGAGUGCUGAAUUCAAGUAAAACACUGGAGAUUACACAUCUUUGGUUCCGGCUUCUUCAGUAAUCAGACUUCUGUUUAGCUAUCUGUCGAGUUGUGAAGCUACAUACAGCAGGGACAGAAUAGUGAAAAAAAACGUAUCAUCUGUGGGCGCUCAUCCGGCCAUUCUACAGUGUGCAGAGGGCUCCAGUCACGUUCUUUGUAUCUUUCAAGUAAGACCUACACAAAUACAGUCAUGGAGGAUAAGGGAAACUCUGAAACAAGAUCACAGGCAGCACAAUCGGCUAAGCAUUCAAACAGAUCAACUGUAAGCUUGCAGGCAGCCAGGGCGCGAGCUAGAGCAGAGGCAGAGCGUGCACGCGCACACUAUGCUAAGAAAGAACUUGAAGUUAGAAUGGAACAAGUCCGUAUGGAGGGCGCUCUCAUUGCAUUGAAGCACGAAAAGGAGGCAGCUGCCGCAAUGGCUGAAGCCAUAGUAUUCCAAGAGGCUGCUGAGUCUAUAGGCGAAGGAGCCUUAAGCGCUAGACAAAGUUUAGCUUCUGCUGAAGAUCCCAUACAGCGCACAAAAGAUUUUGUGGAGCAGCAUUCUAAUGUAACACCUCCAUGCGAUCAAUCACACACUGAAGGGAAUCUUAAUCACAGUGUGACACCUGUAGCUCCGAAUAGCCAUAUUGAUGAUACUGCAGAACUGCCUCAGAGCACCCCACAUCAGCACUUACCCCCUCCACGCUCUAAUAUCAGGAGGCAGCAUGUUACCUUAAUGCAAACCCCAGAGGAUGUGAGAAGCGUGCAUAAUCCAUGGGCUAACAGCCUGUCUGAAUUCAAACCUUUGCCACAACACUUAGCUUCCCCUCUUCCACAUCCACCUCUCAGUGGAGAGGAAGCCAUGAGUGACAUAGCUCGAUUUCUGGCUAGGCUUGAGCUCAUUCAUGCUGGACUUACCAAAUUCGAUGAUCGCCCAGAAAAUUAUUGGGCGUGGAAGUCUUCCUUUGUUAAUGCCAAACAAGGACUGUAUCUCACAGCGAGUGAAGAACUCGAUCUCUUAAUCAAGUGGCUAGGUCAUACGUCCUCUGAAUCUGUAAAUAGAAUAAGAUCUGUGCACAUAAGUUAUCCAGACAUUGGGCUCAAGACUUCAUGGGACCGCCUCGAAGAGGUUUACGGCGCUCCAGAGGUAAUCGAAAAGGCGCUCCUUGACAGGAUAGAAUCCUUUCCGAAAAUAACUAAGCAAGAUCCUUUGAAACUACGCGAGCUUGGUGAUCUCUUACGAGAAGUCCUUUCAGCCAAAACAGAGGGCUUCUUGGCUGGUCUUUCUUACUUGGAUACGUCAAGAGGUGUCAACCCAAUCAUUGAAAAGCUGCCAUAUCCCUUGCAGGAAAAAUGGAUAAAUCAGGGUUCACAAUAUAAAAGAAAACAUAAUGUGUCAUUCCCGCCGUUCUCAUUCUUUACAGACUUCGUAUGCACAGAAGCGCAGGCGAGGAACGACCCGAGCUUCAACUUCAGCUCUGGCAUGAGCCAAGCAAAACCUGACGUUGGCUUCAAGAAACAGCCUCAAAGGAAGAUAGCCAUCGCUGCUCACAAAACUGAAGUAGCUUCAACAGUUGAAUCCCCACCUGCUUGCAGUGCCUCUGACACACCUGUUGAUCCUGGCAAGCACUGUCUCUUCCACAAGAACAAGCCCCACCCUCUCAAGCGAUGUCGGGGAUUUCGGGCAAAGCCCCUGGAAGAGCGUAAAGCCUUUCUUAAAGACAAUGGGGUGUGCUAUCGUUGCUGUUCUUCCACUACGCACCUAGCUAAAGACUGCAAGGCGGUUGUUAAAUGUAAUGAGUGUGAGAGUGUUAAGCACACAACUGCACUUCACCCAGGACCACCACCCUGGCAACGAGAGAACGCUGCAGGAGAGCAUGGCGGGGAGGAAAACGCACAACCUGUGGUCUGA